GUCGCCUGACGUCACUCUCAGGAAGCGGCAAAAUAGUGCUUUCAGCAGUAUCACAGUUUGAGUCGGCGAGGUCGCGAGAUAUUUAACUUUAAAAUAGCCCAUUUUAAAGCUCACAGAACACAGUAAAGUUAGCCAGUCUUUUCGGGUAUAUUUAAUCUUAGGACCAAACAUCAUCUUUUUUUCUCCCCUGAGGGUUUUCAUCGUCUCACAGAGUGUUUCAACAAUGCCGAGAGGAGGCAAAAGAAGCCAUAAGGGCCGUGGGAAGCAGUUCAGCAACCCUGAGGAGAUUGAUCGGCAGAUGAAAGCUCAGAGAGAAAAGGAAGAAAAUGAAGGGGCUGAACGUGGAAGUUCAUCAGAAUCCGAAGAGGAGAGCAGCAGUGAUGAUGAACCUAAAAAGAAGGGUAUUGAAGGACUGAUUGAAAUCGAGAAUCCGAACAGGGUCUCCCAAAAGAGUAAGAAGGUUGUGGAAAUAGAUGUCAAUGCACCUAAAGAGCUCUCACGUCGGGAAAGAGAGGAGAUUGAAAAGCAGAAGGCUAAAGAGCGAUACAUGAAGCUGCAUCUGGAGGGGAAGACGGAUCAGGCCAGGGCAGACCUGGCCAGGCUGGCCAUUAUAAAAAAGCAGAGGGAGGAUGCAGCAAGAAAGCGAGACGAGCUAAGGAAAGAAAAAGAAGCAGAAGAGGCAAAGUCGAAACGCUAGUCCAAGCAUCAUCACACAGGACAGGGCUUUUCUGGGGAGGGAGGGAAGGGGACUAGUUAUUUAGAGCAGUGGUUCUC